AUGACAGCUCCUCUCGCCCACCAGACCGUCGCUGUCAAGGACACCGCCACUGUCCGCAAGCGCAGAAGGCGUGCCCCAGCUGGCGGUGCAUCUGACGACUGCUUCACCUGCUCCAAACGAAACGUCAAGUGCGACCGACGGCGGCCGUACUGCUCCCAAUGCCUGGAGAUUGGGAAUGAAUGCUCCGGAUACAAGACGCAGUUGACCUGGGGCGUGGGCGUGGCGAGCCGAGGAAAGCUUCGUGGCCUGUCCUUGCCCAUUGCCAAGGCGCCUCCGGUCACUCGCGAGCCUAAGAAGUCGCCGGCCAGCCGCUCGCGGUCCAACUCGACAUCGGCCGUCAUGUCCUCGCCCUGGAGCGAGACGGAAGACCACCGGAGAUCGCAUCCUGGCCCGAUCGACAUUCCAUCCCUCUCACACCUUCCCGGUUCGGCGACGAUUACUCCAUAUCCAGCCCAUGGUUACGAUUAUCUCUCCAUGUCCCACCCGGAGCCCGUCUCUCAGGGCUGGGGCGGCAUGCAUUACUCUCCGCACAUGGUACACUCCCCGGAUGCAACGUCGAGAUACUCCAAGUUCUCCCUCCCUCUCAUCACCGAGAGCCUGUCCUCGUCGGUAGACUCGGUCAGCGACGUUGACUACCUAUCUCCCCUGAGCCAGUCCUUUCCGCGGGAGGAUAUGACGUUUGGUGGCAACCAUGGCAUCUUGUAUGACGGGUUCACUGCCCACCAGCACUCUCCCGUCCCGCAAAGCCCCCCUUCAACGUUUGUGCUCGAUCACAGUCGCGCGCCGACUUCAUGCCCAGGCCUCGUCUAUGCCCCUUCCGAGCCAAGCUCGAGCCUCAACUCUCAUCUUGACCCGUUCGAAACACACCUUGGCCACAAGCAGAUGCGCGAGUGCGACAGCCUCACAGGUGUUCCUCAAGCAGACGCGUACAGCGGUGGACACGGCGCCGGCCACGUCUGGACGCCGUCGCACCGGGAGGAUGAACUGCAGUCGCCACGGUCCGAGCAGGCGCAAACAAAGAGCUGGCCAGGCUUUCGCGAAUCCAGCUCGUUGCGGGCGAGCCCCGACCUGGUGGCGCGGAUGCCAUUUUUCAUGGACUACUACAAAAGCACCAUGGCACCGUCGAUGGUGUACAUUGACGGGCCUCACAACCCAUUUCGAGAUCACAUUCUCCAGCUUGCGGCCAACAGCCAGAGUCUUCAACAUGCCAUCUGUGCUCUGUCGGCCUGCAAUUUGCGAAUGAAGAGGAAGCUGAGUCUCGGAUACGAGACGAAAGAGCUUUGGGAGAGGCUCAUCGCCGAGAAGCACGCAAUAGACAGCUUGGGCGACUCGCAACCGGACGACCCGGCCUUGGCCGAAGAGUUCCAGCACCGAAACCUUGCGGUUCAGCUCCUCAACGAGCAGCUGAACGACCCCGUCAAGUCGGCCUGCGACUCGGUCCUCGCCACCAUCCUUCUCCUGUGCCACUACCGCAUGGUGGAGUCGGGCGUCGCCAAGUUCCACACGCAGUUUGCGGGCGUCAAGAAGAUACUGGCGAUGAGAAGCGAGCUGUUCGGUCCCUGCCGAGACUCGGCUUGGAUCGAAGCUCUUUUCGUGUACUUUGACGCCAUCUCGGCCAGCAUCAACGAUCGCGAGGCGCAGCUGGGACCGGAUGGCGACGACGGCGCGACGGCGGCUUCCCCGCUGCCUCUCGGGGCCGAGAACCUGGUCGGCUGCGAGAGGGAGCUGUUCAAAACGAUCAGCAAGCUCGGCCGGCUCAACCUGCUCUCCCAGCAGCGGCCGGUGCAGAACAUGGCGGCGACACCCCGUCGGAGCUCGGAACCUCACGGGCUGUCCGGCUCACCCAUCGGUGCGUCGUACGUGCACAGCCAGCUCGGCGACAUGUACCCGAUGCCAAGCCACCGCUUCGACGGCAACGGCUUCGGCGCGACGCUCGACGACGACGAGAUUUUCGCCUCGGCCAUGUGCACGACGACGGCCUUUGGCGAUCGCCGGUCCCUCUUCUGGCGGGAAUGGAAGGAUGCCCGGCUCGCGCUGCAGAACUGGCAGUUUGACGGGGCGGCGGUGGCGGCGACGCUGCCGGGAUCGCCAAGCCCGAGCCAAAUACGCGAUCUGGGAUCCCUGUCGGAAGCGUUCCGCUACGCCGCGUUGCUGUACACGGAGCGGCUGGCGGGCCCGAGCACGGCGUCGAGCCACACCAACUUCCAGAACCUCGUGAGCCAGGUGGUCUACUACGCGACGAGCCUCGACGCGGGCAACACGGCCGAGAAGUUUCUGCUGUGGCCGCUGUUCGUGGCGGGCUCCGAGUGCGUCAACGAGCUGCAGCAGAACAUCAUACGGACCAAGUGCCGGGACAUCAUGUGCCGGUCGGGCUACAUGAACAACCUUUCGGCGCUGGACAUACUGGAGAAGCUCUGGGCCGGCGAUUUCAAGACGGGGGCCGAGUUUCGGAACCGAGCCAAGAUGGCGGGCUGUCGGGGACCAUUCAACUGGGCCAGGUGCCUGGGAGGACCUGGAGCCGAAGCGGAGUGGAUCAUGUUUUGA